ACCUAUAUAAUAAUUCAGGAAAAAUAAUCUAGGGAUUUGAAACUUGUCGCCAUCGAGUACAUUUACUGUACACAAAAUGAAAUUUUUAACAUGUUUUGACUAUUUUUAAGUUAUUAAUACCACCAAUCUAUUCACACCAUUUAACUAUUAGUACCUAGUGGUGUUGACUUAUAAGUUAAUAACAAUACAAUACACAGGUAUAUGAUAUAAAUAUAUAUAUAUUAUAGUAAAUAUUAAUUAAUAUUAAUUGAAAUCGAGUUUGACAGUGCGUCUCAAUAAAGAUUUAUCAUAGAAUUCGCAUUCAACACAUCCAUUGCAGUGACCUGUAGUACCUUAGGAGUUACGACCUUACUAACCUAACCUAACCUACUUAUUGACGAGGAAGAUACCUACACGUCUCAACUUCCUUGUUUUUUUAAUUUUAAAAUUGUCUAGGUAUUUAUAUUUUGUAUUUUUGUGUGAUACUAUGUAAGUAAACAGAACUGAGAAUUUCAUAGUUUCUUAUAUAUCAUUGUAUUCAGUGUUUCAGUGUAAAAUAUAUUGAUAUAGUAAAACAAUAUAUUAUAUUAAAUAGGUACAUUAUAAAAUAUCCCGAAUAAAUAUAUUUUAAAAGCGCGGUGAAAAAAUUAUGUCAUCCGGUAGUUGAUGUGUUCGUCACUUGGCGCGUAUUAACACGUAUUGUAUAUUGUUCUAUGAUCAUUUACAGCUGUUCUGUGGCUUUAAUGACGUGGUUUAGCGUUCAACCGGUAACCAUUAACCAUGAGAGGAAGUCCGGGAAUGGUCCGGAACCUUUCCCAUGAAACAAUUUUUUUUAGAUAAUAGAAUAUUUAAUCUAUUAACUUUUUAGUUUUUUCUAUGAAGUAUUAAAUAAUAGAAAGAUUGAAAUCUGAAAUAUCGAUAUUACGCUAUAUUAUGCCGUGUUUGGUAUAAUCUGAUUUCUUUACUAACCGAUUCCAGACUCUAGUAGUCUAGUACCCGUAAAUUAAUUAUUAGUAAUUGUGUACGCAAACGUGCUUUCAAAUUUUAAUAUCACAUCUGCAUCAAACAAUUAUUGAUUUGUGUCGCUGUAGUAAGUUGUGUGUUCAAACUCAAUGUAAAUAUCGGACUUUCGUUGUCACAAUAAUCAAAUCGGUCGACCGAUAAAAAUAAUACAACAUACAUUUCGCAUCCAUUAACCUCGGAGUCACUACGUAGUGCGUCAGAAAUUGGCAUUUUGUAAACGAAAGAACUGUAGUCAGUUAAAAUUUGCACAUAGGAUCGUCAAGAUUUUGAUAUGUCUGUCAAGUAUGUAUUGGUGUCGGACGAAGAAUAUGGUGAAGCGGUCGAAUUGCCGCUUGAGGACAAUGGUACAUUACUGCUGUCUACUUUAACGGCCCAGUUUCCGGGGGCUAGUGGUCUUAAGUUUCGUACCGAAAACAAUGUUGUCAGAGGCGUUCGGUUGGCCGACUUCCGAUUUCAUGUGCCUGACAACGAAUGGGGAAAAACACCUUACUAUUGUGUUUUCCCUAAAGUGGAAAAUAAGAGAAAGAUUGAUGAUAGUGUAGAAAAUCCAACAGCUAAAACAAAGAGAUUAGAGACAAAAUUGAAAUGUUCAGACUUAGUUGUCUUAAAUAUACCAUAUACUUAUGAUGAACAAAAAUUAAAAGAAUACUUUGGUCAAUUUGGAGAACUACUUAUGUUACAGAUAAAAAGAGAUAAAAAUGGACAAUCUCGAGGAUAUGGAUUUUUAAGAUAUACUAACUUAGAAUCACAAGUAAGAGUUCUUUCUCAGCGUCACAAGAUUGAUGGUCGUAAUUGUGAAGUUAAGGUUCCAAAGUCUAAGGAAGGUAAUGGUUCAGAGCUUUCUGGAAAAGUAUUUGUAGGCCGUGUGACAGAAGAUUUAACAGCUGAUGACAUUCGUGAGUAUUUCAGCAAAUUUGGGGAAGUCAUCAAUGUGUUUGUACCCAAAAAUCCAUUCCGUGGAUUUGCAUUUGUAACUUUCCUUGAUCCUGAGGUAGCUGCUAGUUUAUGUGGUGAAGAUCAUAUUGUUAAAGACGUUUCGGUGCGUGUUUCCGAAGCCGCCCCAAAACCACAAGCUCCCAAAAAUCGUCAUCAAACUCCUCCGCCUAGUGAACCCUGGGAGCGUUCUAAUAAUCGCCAUAAUGACAAUUAUCGUAAUUGGUAUCAUUCACAACAUGAUAAUCGGGGGAGUGUAGACAUGCCUAAUCUACAAUCAUUGGGUAUUAACGGUCAAGACAGCUAUAAUCCAAUGUUGCCUUUGAGCCCGGCUAUUGUUGCUGCUGCAUUGACUCAAGCUGCUGGAUGGAGUCUAGCUAACGGUCGUAUGAUGCCACCUCCACCGCCUCCUAGUGGAAACAAUCAAUGGUCUCAACAUGGUCCCAACUCUCAACGAAAUAACUAUAAUAACAGGAAACGUUCUAAUAAUGAUUACAAUUCAUCAGGCAAUCGCUAAAAAAGAUAAUGGUAAUAUAAUACAAAGUUAAAUGAAUAAUAUCAAUAACAAUUUAGUGUACUAAAACCAUAACAGUUCUUCUAACUUUUUGGAUAUGUACACAGUACAUACAUGAUUAUUACAAAAAAGAAAAAAAAUGGCUUUUGUUUUGUAGUUAAAAUUUUGUUCCAGUUGAUAUGUUACUUUGAUAUAAAAUGUUGCAUAGCAAAAAAAACCUUAUUUACUGGACAAAUUAACUUGUUAAUCAAAAUUUAAAAAAGUAGAUAUACAUUAUAUGCGUUAUGCAUAUGAAUAGGUAUAUACAAACCAUUUUUUAUGCAUCAAAGUAUGUAUUUAAUAUAUAUACAUACUUGUGUAUUCUUUGUAUAUAAAUCUAUUGUUACUACUGUAUAAUUGUUAAUUUAAGGAUUAUCUUAAUAUUAAUAGAACACAUUUAAAUUAUUAUCCUUUGGUGGUACGAAUGAACUUACAAAUGGUAUGAACGUAAUUUGUAUGACAUUAUUUGAUUGGAAAUUAUACUAUCUCAUUAAAAACAUGUAAAAAUUGUGUUUUACUUUGUGGCCUGAAUACA